UGCGUCUUGGGACGUGUAACUUCUGGGUUCCCAGCAGUAAUGCGCUGCAAUAGCUUAACUCCAUGCUAUUUUAUCACUAAUCUACUGAUUUAGCAAGAGUAAAAUGUUCUCGUUGCUUUUACUGUACCCUAUUUUUGUUGCGUGUGAAUUAGACUCUUCUCCAACGGCAACAGUUUGCUCCCCAAAGGCUUGCUUCACUUGGUAUCGUGAGAAACAUACGUUUCAGGAGACUGUGAAGAGGUGUAAGGAGCACGGAGGCAACGUGGCCACAAUCCGAGAUAAAAAUGAAUUUACUGAUAUGGAAUUUGUUGUCUCACAACUCAACGAAAAGGACAGUCAGUUUUGGAUCGGACUUUGGCUACAAAAGGGUAACUGUACUUUGCCCGGCUUAAAUUUAAAAGGUUUCAAAUGGAUUUCUGGAGCAGAGGACUCCCAGUAUUCCAACUGGAAAAAAGAACCAGAGACCACUUGCACAGAGGAGCGAUGCGUUGUAGUACAGAGAUCAUCCAGCCUUGAACUCAAAUGGAUUGACACGUCUUGCAGAGGACGACAUUUUUACGUGUGUCAAUUUUAUUUCAGAGGAAUGUGCCCAACUCUAUCAGUGAUGGGACCCUGGAGUGUAGAAUACUCGGUCCCCUUUUCGGAUUCCCGUUUUAACCAAGAUAAUGCUUUUGCUCGCUGGCCACACGGGACCUUUGCUGAGGUAUCAUGUGGGUCUAAAAGUCAUUAUACCAUUUGUCAAGAAACAAACGGUGUUUUUGCAUGGACAGAUCCGGGUCCGUAUUGCAAUGAUCAAACAGCAAGCUGUGACUACAGGAAUGGGGGAUGUUCUCAACUUUGUUUUGCAGAUGAAACAGGGGUUCACUGCAGGUGCAAGGACGGGUAUCAACUAGGGGGUGAUGGAACCUCCUGCACCCUUAAAAAUGAUUGUCUCUCCGCACCAUGCGACUAUGAGUGCGUGACCAAAUACUCUGGAUUCGUGUGUACAUGUCCAGAUGGAUUCCAACUGGCAGCCGACCAGAUCAGCUGCGUUGACGUCGAUGAAUGUUCUGUGUCACACCCAUGCGGUGAGAACGUAUGCCAUAAUACCAAUGGAAGUUACACCUGUCAAUGCGGAGAGGGCUUUACCUCGGUGAAUGGGCACUGUCAAGAUGUCGACGAGUGUACUCAAUCAAGAUGUUCUCAAGGCUGUCUUAAUUCUUUAGGGUCUUUCUCCUGUUACUGCUUCGCAGGGUUCAGGCCAUCAAACAGUUUAACAUGUGUUGACAUAGACGAAUGUGUCACAAAUCGCUGUGAACACACAUGUAUUAAUACUGUGGGGAGUUAUAUGUGUGCUUGUAGACAACAUUUAAAAUUAGCAGAUAAUGGAAUAUCUUGCAUCACCAAGUCUGGAGGUUCCAGUACACCACCAGAUCCACCCAAGGUCACCCAGGGUCAAUUUCAAGAGCCACAGGUCACAGCUAAUCCUGUGCUUACUUAUUCACCUACCUUUACUUCCAAAAAUCCAUCUAACCACUCGAUUACGCACACACCAGUUGGAGAUCUUGGCAGCAUCGGUGACUCAGUGUCUAAAGCACCUGUCAGUAAUUCAUUGGUGUUGAUCUGUGUUUUAGCAUCGGUUAUACCGCUAAUUAUUUUAAUUUUCCUAACUGCUGUUAUUGUCAUUUACCGCUGUAAUCGCUCUAGGAAUCAUAACAAGAAGCAAAGCCCUACAGCGGACAGUUAUUGUUGGGUUUCUUCUGGUCUUGAAUCCACGCCAGAUAAAAUACAGGACAUAAAAUUAAGUGUGUUUUAAUAGAAACUCGUUCAUUUUGGGACAGUGGGAGAUAUGAGCAUUAAAGUGUGAAAAACAUGUGAUGUGUAUUGCUUUGCCUUGGCCCUUCCCUGUGGCUGUAAAUCUAUGCGCCCGCAGCCGCUUAUCUGUGUCAGCACUUGAAAGUCGCUUUGAGUUAAAACUAUGAAACUUCUUUGUUUUAUUUUUAUGGCCUUAUUGUAGUCAUUCUGACUAAUUUGGACGAAAACACUGAAUAAAGUCUAAGAGUCUAGCCUUACAAACGAAA